UGCUGCUGUGCAUACUCCCGGGGGGCAGGAGGGACCCAUGCCCCCCCCAGAUCUGUACUCGGGGCAGGGACAGGCUGCGGGCUUGAGUUCCCGUCCUGCUUCCCUCGGGGCUUCUGGAGCCAGCGGGUGCAACCUGGCAUGGCUGGGCAUAGUGGGGCCACACAAGGAUUCCUUGCUGCUUGUCACCCACUUCGCUGCCCGGGUGAUUCACCUUCUGUGCUUGUUGCUGCUUUGAGGAGCACAGCCCUGUACCACUGCCCUCACUGCCUUCAUAGAUUCAUAGAUUAUAGAGUUGGAAGGGACCCAGUGGAUCAUUGUGUCCGACCCCCUGCCCUUGGCAGAAAAGAGGACUGAGGUCAGAUGACCCCAGCCAAGUGAUUGUCAAGCCUCUUGAAGACCUCCAUGUUAGGUGACAGCACCACUUCUUUUGGAAGCCCAUUCCAGACUCUGGCCACCUUUAUUGUAAAAAAAUUCUUCUUAAUGUCUAGCCUAAAUCUACUCUCCACUAGUUUGCACCCAUAAUUCCUAGUUACUCCCUGGGGCGCUCUGGAAAACAGCAUAUCCCCAGUUCCCUGCUGUCUUUCUCUGAUAAAUUUAUAGGUGGCCGCAAGGUCACCUCUCAGCCGUCUUUUGUAUGGGCUGAAGAGAUCCAGAUCUCUCAACCUCUCCUCGUAGGGUCUUUCACGGAGGCCACUAAUCAUGCAGGUGGCCCUCCUCUGAACCCUUUCCAGAUCCUCCGUGUCCCUCUUGAAGUGCGGGGCCAAAAACUGGACACGGUACUCCACCUGUGGCCUGACUAGUGAUGCACAGAGGGGGAGCAUCACCUCCCUCCAUCUGUUAGUCAUGCAUCUGCUAAUACACGACAAGGUGUGAUUGGCUUUGUUGAUGGCCUUGUUGCACUGCCAGCUCAUGUUCAUCUUGGAGUCAACUAUGACUCCAAGAUCUUUCAGCCUCUGAGCUGCUGAGGAGGACAUCCCUCAACCUGUAGGUGUGCUGGGGAUUCCUCCUUCCUAGGUGGAGUACCUUAUGUUUAUCUUUGUUGAAUUGCAUCCUAUUAUGUUCUGCCCAUUGAUUUAACCUGUCCAUGUCGGCCUGAAUCUGCUCCCUGCCCUCUGGUGUAUUAACUUUGCCCCAUAAUUUGGUAUCAUCUGUGAACUUGGAGAAGGUGCUCAACACACCCUCAUCCAAAUCACUGAUGAAGAUAUUAAAUAAUACUGGCCCAAGGACUGAACCCUGUGGGAACCCACUGCCCACCUCCUUCCAGGUUGAAAAUGAUCUGUCAACCACCACUCUGGGUGCGAUCCCUUAGCCACCCACCUAACUGUGUAGGUGUCCAUUCCACAGCUCAUUAGCUUCCCUAUGAGAACAGGAUGCAAUACUGUGUUGAAGGCCUUCCUAAAAUCCAGGUAGAUGACAUCGGCCUCCGCUCCUGUGUCGUGGCAGUGUGUGACCUGGUCAUAAAAGGCUAUAAGGUUUGUCAGGCAGGAUCUACCUGCGACAAACCUGUGCUGGUUUCCAUUCAGCAUUGUUUCCCCUGUUGGACUUUCACAAAUAUGCUCUUUGAUGAUUUUUUCCAGUAUUUUCCCAGGGAUAGAGGUAAGACUGACUGGCCUAAAGUUACCCGACUCGUCCCUUCUCCCCUUCUUAAAAAUGGGCACCAUGUUGGCCUUUUUCCAGUCCUCAGGGUACUUACUGUCCGUGCAGGUUCACGUUGCUGGGGCAGCAGUGGGGUGAGAAGCAGCAAGGAGGAAGUUUUCCGCCCAGGUCUUCUGCUCCCUGCAGCACUGGGUUGUGGAGGGAAAAGCAAGGUGGUGGGUCGCUCCCAGUGUGAUGCUCCACCUACCUGACCUGCCUCACAGUUCACCAGCCGCGCCUGGCACAUGCACUUCACAUACAUACACAUGCACACUUUGCACACACACUUCACACAUGCUUUACACCUUGUCCCACAAGAUCAACAUGUGGGACAGUGGGUGACGUUUUUCACCCAGUGAAGCACAUCAGCUCUACUGGGACACAUCUGUCUUUUGGUGAUGCCUGUUUCUAGCCUAAGAUAAUGCCCUGCCUUGCCUUCUUUCUGGACUACCUUUGGGUUAAAAGCUAGCAGGCAAUUACCUCCCCUCCCCGAUAUGGUUGGAUAGAGUGAAAGCAAAGCGCUGCCCUGGGAUACCUACGGGCUGCUGGUCCCUGAUCCUAGUACAGUUUUCAUUAUCUUGCACAACUGAUGUAAAUUAUACCAAGGCAUACAUUUGUCCAGGGCCAAAGAUGAAUUGCAUUGUUGUUAAGACUAUUUUGGGGCUUUAUAGCUAGGUUGUAGCCGUAUUGGUCUCAAGGCAAAAGCAAUCAGGGUUUAUGGUAGAGGUUAUAUCUUUAAUCUAGUUGGUCUAAUACAAAAUAUAAUCUCUACCAUGAGUCCUGAUUGCUUGGGGCUUUAUAGUAAUUUACAAGGGUACCACAUUUAAAAUUUUAAUUGUAUGUAUUUUAAUAAAACUAACAGUACCUUUGUGCCAUAAUAGGGCGAGAGUGUUGCAGUUGUGAUGGUCCAGGAAAUAUGUGAGAAACAAUGUUUUUUUGAUAGUUGAGCAGUCCAGUAAAUGAUAUCGUCAAAACCUCUUGCUUCUAGUUUUAAUUCUAGAAUAGGUAUUCUCAACUCUUCCAGGAUACAUAUAAGACUAAUGCUUGAAUUCUAAAACUACUCUGUAAAUGGCUCUGCUGGUGAAUUUCCUAAGACAACUGCUAGAAUACUUUGGCAUGCCAGCUGAUGAGGCCAUGCCUCUGUGGGUAGCUUGUCAAGACCGUGCCAGAAUCAGCCAUCUGAUUGACACCUGUUUUCCUCCAACAUCCUUUACAAGGAGGUACUUCCAUCAUAUGCGUACUAUCAUCAGGAAAUAUCAGUUGAAGGUUAUAUUGGUUUGGCAAAAAAAGGAGUAUGGAUCUACUCGAAGCAUUGUUCGUAAGCUUGGGACAAUUCUCUCUUUACAACCUUGUCCAAGACCUCAGUUGCAGCUGGUUCAAGAUGUCCAUCCCUUGGAUUAUGAUGAGAAAAGUACAACUCCAACUCUUGUAGUUCCAUCUCUGGGUGAUAUCUUGUGGGUGGCAAAUGAUGAGGGACAAGCUUCUACUAGAUUUAGGGCUGAAUCAUGGGGAAAGAAAAAAAGUGCAGUUCACCGUAAUGUGCCUCCAACUACAACUUCUAUGCCAACUGUUCCAAAGAAUAGAGGACAAGACAAUUUUGUGAAUGAAGAAGCAAUAAAAAAAAUUUCUGCACUUGAAGAUGAACUAACCCUUCUUCGUGCUCAAAUUGCUGCAAUUGUUGGAGCACAGGGAUCAAGACACGCUUCAGAAGCCUUGAAUACAUUUGCCACUCCCGAUGAAUCUUACCCACUGCCAACAAUGACUUCUACACCAUUGUCCAUCUUGCCAGGUCACUUUGCAAUUCCUUCACCUCCACUUCCACCACCCCCACCGCACUCUGGCUUUGAUGUCAGUAAUUCAGCAAUUGAGCUUAUAAAACAACGUUGUGCUGCAAGGAAGACUACAUCAACAAUUAUUGAUGAUAUUGAACAUCAGAGAAAUAAGUGUGUCCCUAGUAUGAUGGAUGUUUUGAAGGACCUAAACAAGGUCCAAUUGCGAACUGUUGAGAGGUCACCAGGUGGUACUCCUCUUCCUAGGACAAAAAAAAGGCGGAGUUUGCCGUUGGAUCCAGUAUCUUUACUCACUCGGGCUCUAAAACAGAAAUUUGCACAUCAAACUUAUGAUGAUGAUUCAUCAGACAAAGAAAACAGAUCUUUUGAUGCCUCUCCAUUUUCCAGUCCAGAAGCCCCAAUGGUUGGACGUCACGUUUUGAAGCCAAACAUAAAGAAUAACCUUAUUGGAGCUAAGGAGCUAAAACAGGUGUCAACACUGAAAGCAAGAUCACAUAUUUAACAGGUGCAGAUCUCCUGGGAGAAAUGAAGUAACAUGUAUACUUUAGAGUGGUGGGACCACUUCAGCAAUUUGUUGGAAAACAUGUCCCAGGAUAUAGCAAUCCAGAAUACUUGGAGCUAGGACUUGUAAAACUACUAUUUUCUUUCUAUUAGAGUGUCCCAACAGCCAAGCUUGUGAAGGUGUUGUUUGCUUUUAUAAUAAAUAGGGCAUUUAGCUGCAUAUAGCUACAAAGCAGUGUGUUCAAAGCUACACUAUUAGAUGCUUGGAAUGGGAAACCUGUGGAAGUAGAUCAUGUGCAAAAAGACUGUAUUUUUCUUAGUAUGGAAGCUGAAACAUGGCAGCUUCUAAACGAUAUGAAUAGAUGAGGAAAUUAAGACGAACAGGUUUAUACCAUGGUAGUCAUUAUUUUUCUUUGAUCAAGCAGAUGCAAUGUAUCCUUGAGUUUCCUUGUUGCUUGCUAAAGCAAUUCUGUUUGUAUGUGGAAUGCUGUUUCCUAAUUUAUUAUGGGUAAAUCAAGAAACUUAUGUCUCCAUAAUUUGUAGAGGCAGUUUUUCUUGUUUUAAGUUAGAUUUGGGCUUGAUGUUCACUGCCUGAAAUGUGAGAGUUGUGUUCUAUGUUUAAAGAAGCUCUGGAGAGAUUUCUGUUUGUACAAGCAUAGUAUAAAUACAUUAUGGAAACUAUGCUGUCUUCCCCUUUUGCUUGUUUCUAUUUUGUUGACAUUUUGUUGAGAGAGCCUAUACAAUAAAUAUUAUUUUUUAUCA